AAGUACGGAUGAGUGAACGAAUGGAAUCCAUUUUCCUGCGUUGUUGUGACAUUUUAUUCUCUGCAAAGUGCGAAGAAUUUUAAUAAAAUAAGAAAUUUCAAUAAUUAUAACCAACUUAUAGAUCUAUUUUGCAACCAAGUGAUGAUCAUAUCCAUUUUUUAUACAUUCUAAAUACCGUGGUGAUUGAUAAGAUCUGACGUAAACAAUGGGUUGAAGUUAGUGAUUGCUAUCGGUAAAAAACUGUAUUUCUGUUGGACUUUUGUGUAUAAAAGCAGCGAUCUAUCACAAUGGAACUCGAUAUCACACAUUCUAUGGAGAACGACAUAGAGUACAAUGACAACUCAUCCGAGAGUAAAUUCAUUGCGUGCAGCAACAACGAGCAAUUCUCGGUGCUCCGCAUAUCGGAGGAUGUGGAGCCCCCGGAGCCCAAGGCCAGCAAGCACUCGUCGCGGAAGCAGUCCAAGCGGCGGAAGAAAAGCUCGAGCCACAGCCGGCCGCUGCCGCGCAUCAUCGUGAAGCCGCUGCCGCCGCCGCCGCCCGAGCCGCGCGAGUGGACCGCCGCCGCGCACCCGGAGCCCAGCUCCUACUCCACCAAGCUCUCCACCAUGCGGGAGGUCCUCGCCAGCAUACCCGGCUUCAGUAUGAAACCACGCAAGCCACGCGGGAAGAAACUCUCAACUGCGGCUCAGCUACAACAGACUAAAGAAGGUUGGAUAGAUCUGGAGACACCAGAUUCUAUUUUGGUAAACACGAAUAUUAGAGCAUUACUAAAUAAGCACACCUUCUCGCUUCUACCACCUCUAUAUCAGUAUAAACUUGGGCAGCUGCUCCCGAGUGUGGACCGCCCCAGCACUUCUGGUCGGCUGAGCUCCUCUAGUCUCAACAAUGAAUUCUUUGCUCGAGCCUGCUUAGAAUGGCAGGAAUGCCUCUCUGGGGGUGAAUUUACACCUGAAAAUCAACAGAAAAUUAAGACUGAAGCAGAGAAAGAGAAAAGUAAAAUUGACCCAUGGAAGCUAAAACAUUUUGAGCCGUUCUGGGGUGACAAACUGAGAAAGGAAAAACCUUCAAUGAAUUUAAACUCGGAAAGGCCAUCAUUAAAAACAACAAUAAAGCUAAGACCUACAGCCUCCAUCACAAGCAGUAGUACAGUUUCCAAAGUGAAAAAGAGUAAAUCCUCUAGCACUAGCAAACGGCUCAGGUCUGUGGGAGCAGUGACCAGAUCCUCCACCAAGACUGAUGAUGCUGAGGAUGAACCUACUCCUGUCCCUUCAAAGUCUUCAGCACCAGUGCCUGACCUGCUACCCCUGAAACAUGCCAAGAACCACAACCGAGGGUAUGUUGAGUGCCAGGUUGACUUCAACUUCUCAGAUUCAUCAUCAGUUCAAAGGAUGGAUGACUCUGUAUCGUCAACUCCCAUAGACCCACUUUUAUUACCUGAUUGUGAUUCUGAAAAUAGUGAAAUUAAAGAAGAUUUAGAUAUUACUGUGGUCACAAUAGAGGAAUCAAGCACAUCAAAGGAUUGUGAUGAAGAUAAAGCAAUAGACUCCAACAGCAACUUAACAGAAGCCACAAAGAGAUUAAGUGAUGAUAGUGACGCCAGUAUUUAUCCCAAGAGAUUUAAAUAUGAAGAGAAUGACUAUGCAGCUCUGGGUAAAACUGAAGAAUCUGCUGAUCAAUGCCAAGAUGAUGCCAGCAGCAACUGUGAAGUAGUUUCAAACACAUGUACUGAUGAAACAGUAAAUCAAAAUAAUGAAAAUGAACAUUCACAAGAACGAGAUCAUGUUGAUGCUAAAAUUGAAGAAGACAAAGAAUUAAAAUAUGAUGAUAUAACAAUCGAACCUUGUAAUUCUAGUAUACAAGUAGAAAACAGUCAUAGCAAUAUGUUGAAUGAAUAUACAACAAAAUCUCCAAUUAAACAUUAUACAGAUACCACAAAUGAUGAUGAGUAUAGAACACAAGGGGAUGAUGACCUACAAAGACCACCAGUUCCUAAUCCAAAUGAUCAAACAUUUGAUGAAGAACACAUGACAGAGAAAUUGCCACUAUUAAGUAAUACCCAGGAUAGUUACGAUCAUUAUCAAAGUAAUUUAAAUCCUAAUGUAGAAAACUCAGAACCUAAAAUGGAAUUAACAAUGUUAGAACCAAUUAACAGUGAGAAAGUUGAAUCUUGUGAUGUAGCAAAAGACGAAACUUAUCAACCUGCUGAACAUCUGCACAAUAUGGAGUAUGAAUCUCAGCAGCAGGAAGAUGAUGACAAAUGUCAUGUGAAGAAUCUACCAGAGCACACUGUGGUGCAGAGCUUCUAUGAUGAACACUUCCGGGACGCUGAGUCAUUGAUCAUGGAGACCGGAGGGCUAUCCCUUUUGCCAUCACAAAAUGAAGAUCCAAAGUUUCCUCCAAUCACUCCUCAUGCUAAUCUAAUGGAACUGUCGUCGUAUAUGAGCGAAACAAAUGUGACUGCAGUUGUAACAAUGCCAAUGACACAAAGUUCCUCUCUACCCAUGAUGGAGGUUUCUAACUCAGCUAUGGUUUCAUAUCCCGAUGACCACAUGCAAGACCCAGCUAAACCAAAAAAUGCAGUGUGGAAAACUGAAAGUGACUGGAGUAGCAAUGAAAACAUAAUGACCUAUUCCAACAGUGAUAAUUCGAAAUACAUGUGUGAAGACUCCAAAACGAGCAUGGAAGAUGGCAACAUGAAUGACGAAAACUGUUUGAUAAAAGACGACAGAGAUGCAAAUUUCAAUAUGGAGUGUUCAAAUUCGUCGGAAAGCUGUCAGUCUAUGAAGGAGACGUCGCUUGGCCAGUCGGAGCUGGCGCCGGGCUCUGUCGGAGGCGCUCCGGCCGUGAACCUGGCGUCCAACACGUCUGUCACGCAUCAUUCGAGAUCCAGCUCCAAUUCAAGACAUAAAUCCAAGUCUGGGAAAGAAUCUAGCAGAAGCCGCAGCUCAAACAAGGUUCCCCCCGGCGCGGUGAAUCUCGAGCGCAGCUACCAGAUCUGCCAGGCGGUGAUCCAGAACAGCCCCAACCGCGACGCGCUGCGGGGGCAGCUGCGGCCGCCGCCCGCGCUGCUGGCCCGCCCCGCGCGCGCCGCCGCCCGCCCCCCGCCCGUCGUGCUGCGCCAGCUGCCCGUCGCCGUCGUGCCGCAUAAUGAGGUAAAUGAGAACCGGCCGAACAACGUCGGUCAGUACAUCCUCGUGCAGCGAACACCCGCCGCGGCGCCGCGGGCCUCCAGCGCGCCGCCCUCUAAUCAAAACACCAACGUCAGCGUGGCGCGGUGCCGCAGCGUGGGCGCGGACGAGGCGUGCGUGUGCAACCUGCGCGCCAUGAUCCUGUGCAAGAAGUGCGGCGCGUUCUGCCACGACGACUGCAUCGGCUCGGCCGACCUGUGCCUCACGUGCCUCAUACGCUGACGCCCACCCACCGCCCCCAUCAUGAUUUUCUGACAACCGUCAAAGCGCACGCUACUUCAAGUAUCCUACUCCAAAGUGCGAUUCGUGGUUUCUUUCUCGUGACGACGCGCGGCUUCUCUGCAAAGCGAGUGCACACGGAACUGUCUGAUUGUGAAAUGUGAGAUUCGGUGACAGCCCACUGUGAAUGUGCGAUCGACCCGUUGUCUUUUUAUGUUAUUGUUUGUCUUUGAGACUGGAUUUCAAAAUGUGUAACCUCAAAAUUCGACUUUGAUGUAGUACUAUAACUAAAUAAUCUUUCAAUGUUUAAUAUUUUCCAGUAUUUGGAAUAAAAUAGAGCCAGGUCGCAAUGUUAUGUUGUAUAGCGUAUAUUAUGUGUGUACAAUGUAAUUAACGUACAUCGUAUAAUGGAUUUGCACCACUAGGGCUGCCCAUAUUACUUCUCAUUUCACAAGUUAUAGGGAAUACGUAAUAGCAGCUAAAUUAUUAGCUGAAUGCUAUUAACGCUGGUGGCCUCUCUAAUUUUGGAAUUUGUUUUCAGAUUUACAUUUACGUGAUCAAUAUUUUUUAUAGGUAAGCUUUUGUUCUAGGGCUCUUCAAAUUUCCUAAUGAUUGAUUUUAUACAUUGGAUUAUAGGCUGUACAAGCUUAACAUCUCUUGUAUAA